UUGAUGGCCAGAUCAAGAUAGUCUGCACUCUUUAGCAGCAACCUGACCCCGCGUGUGCACCGCAAGAAAUUCGCCCGCGAAGAGCAACGGGCAAAUCCAAAACCAAAGAGGCGAUGGCUGCUUCAUCUCUUUCCCGAGUCGUCCUUCCUCUGUCUAGGGUUUCGCCUCGUCGCUUCCCUUCUCUCUCCCCCUCCCUCUCCUCCUCCUCCUCCUCCUCCUCCCUCUCUGCACCUCGCGCGUUCAGUCUCUCCGCUUCCUCUCUCUCCCCCGCUCCCCACAUGUCGAGCCCGCCCCAACCCGCGCGCCCCGAGCAGCCGCCGUCCACGGGCACUCACGCUCCCGGCGCCGGUCGCUGGAGGCCGAUGUGUUUGUACCACGCCCAGGGGAAGUGCACCAUGAUGGAUGAUCCUCUCCAUCUCGAGAAGUUUAAUCACAAUGCUGCCAGAGAUCUUCAAGUUAGUGCUGCUGACCUUGAGCACGUGUGCCCUCAAGACCUGGAUCAUUUUUUGGUGCUUGAUUUGGAAGGAAAAGUCGAGAUUCUGGAAUUUCCAGUCUUGAUAAUUGAUGCUAAAUCACUGAGCGUCAUAGAUUUGUUUCACAGGUUUGUAAGGCCAUCACAGAUGUCUGAGACUAGAGUAAACGAGUAUAUUGAAGGAAAAUAUGGAAAAUUUGGGGUUGAUCGUGUCUGGCAUGAUACAGCAAUACCAUUUGAAGAAGUCAUUGGUGAAUUUGAAACUUGGUUGGCUCAACAUCAUCUUUGGGCUAAAGAGCAAGGAGGCAAGCUUAAUCGGGCAGCAUUUGUAACUUGCGGAAAUUGGGAUUUGAAGACUAAGGUCCCUCAGCAAUGCAAAGUCUCGAGGAUAAAACUUCCUGGAUAUUUCAUGGAAUGGAUCAAUCUGAAGGAUGUCUAUCUAAACUUCUACCACAGAGAGGCCAGAGGGAUGAUGUCAAUGAUGAGGCAACUAGAUAUAUCGGUCUUGGGAAGUCACCAUCUUGGACUCGAUGAUACCAAGAACAUAGCGAGGGUGUUGCAACGCAUGCUUGUCAAUGGUGCCGUUAUGAGGAUCACUGCAUGGAGGAGCCCCAAGUCUCCUGAUAGAGUUCAAUUUGCAUACCAAAAUCGUAUAUAACUGCUAAUGACAAAGUUUUGUUUUUUUAAUAAGUAAUGUGUAUUAUUGGGGGCGUUCCAGCAUUUUGAAUGGGCAAGGUUUAGCUGCACCUCGCAAGGUGUUGUCCUUUUA